AUGGCAUCCCUCGUCCACUCCCUCCUCACCAACCCCGGAAUCCCACUGCAAGACAGACAAGACGCCCUAGACAGAGCGCUCUCCGACCCCGGCCUGCCAUCACAAAACCCUACAUCAUCCUUCUGGCUACGCUCCCCCCACCCAGAUCUAGCAGAGAUACGGUCCGAUAAACUCCCAGAAGAAAUCGACGUCGUGAUCAUCGGCUCCGGCGUAACAGGCACAUCCAUCGCGAAAACACUACUGGAGUUGGGAUCCAGCAGCAAUGGCCUGAGACAAGAACACAGAAGCCGUCCCACAAUCGCCAUGCUGGAAGCUCGCGAUAUAUGCAGCGGCGCAACAGGUCGCAAUGGGGGCCAUAUCCUGGAAACAGCGGAGGAGUUUGCAGAACUCGAACAGGAGCAUGGGACUGACGCUGCGAGGAAAAUAUUGAGGUUUCGGCUGGCACAUUUGCGGGAAUUGCUGGCUGUAGCUAAUGAAUAUGGAUUAACUGAAACGGCGCAGGCGCGCAGGGUGCAGUUUCUGAGUGUUUAUUUUGAGAAGAAGGGCUGGGGGGAAGCUAGGGCUCGGUUUCGGCGGUUGAGGGAGGGUUUACCGGAGGAGACACAGGAGUGGAGGGUGUAUGAGAGGGGUGAGAUUCCGAAGGACUUUUGCCUUCCUCAUGCUCAAGGAAUCGUAGCUGGACCGGCGGGUGCAAUCUGGCCAUAUAAAUUCAUAACAGGGGUGUUGGAUCAGUUGAAGACGAAAUACCCCGAUGACCUGCGAAUAGAAGCGAACACGCCCGUCACCAGCAUCGAGGACCACGGCAGCGGGGCACCGAAUGGGCUUCGAUACACCGUAACAACCCCUCGGGGUUCAAUCCACGCCCGGCACAUCGUGCACUGCACAAACGCCCAUGUUGCCCAUCUCGUCCCCGGACUAAAAGGCCGCGUCUGCCCCGUUCGCGGCCAGAUGUCAGCGCAACACCCUGGGACAAAUUUCCGCAGCCAAGGCGGAGAGCAUUCAUGGCUCUUCAACUACGACCGCGGCUUUGACUAUCUCACGCAACUGCCGGCGUCGGAUGUAGGCGAGAUGAUGAUGUUCGGGGGCGGAUUCGCUCAGGGCGAGGGCGGUGGAAUUUCGGAUCUGGGUGUGUCUACAGACUCCGACUUGAGUUUAUAUGCCGAUAUCCAUCUUUCGGGGGCGUUGAGUGCGGUGUUUGGACGUGAGGAUUGGGGAGCUGCCCCUGGUCCUGCUGUUGAGCAGAUGUGGACCGGCAAUAUGGGAUUCAGUGCAGAUGGCUUUCCUUGGGUAGGACGGCUUCCGGGAUCACUUACGGGAAGGGGGGAGGAUACUGACAGGGAAGGUGCUGAAUGGGUCUCUACGGCGUUUUCAGGAGAGGGAAUGGUGCUGGCGUGGAUGUGUGGGAAGGCGUUAGGGAAGAUGCUGCUGCUUCAUGAUGAGCUGCUGGAUCGGGAGUUUGCAGACCUAUCUUGGUUCCCUGAGCAGAUGCUGGUUACGGAGGAGAGGGCCAAGAAGGCGUUGUACACGGUCUCUCCUUGA